UUCUUGUUCCAGCUUCCAAAUUUCUAGAAGUCAAUAAAGAUUUAAAAACAGUAGCCGACAAUUACAUUGUAGGGAUACCAUAUGCAUUGAUUUGUUCUGGAAUUGGUGGUAUAUUAGCCCUGUUUUCAUGUUUAAUGAAUGUAGGAUCUAUCUGUAUGUCUAUUUCAUCAGAGGAAUUUAACAGCGAAAUGAACGAGGAGAGACGAAGAGACCGUUUAAAUUUAGGUACACAACUUGUUCCUCUAGUAGCGUUAGAAAAUCAAACGACAACAAGGGGAUAUGUUGAUCCAAUUGUUCCGGGGUAUGAGACAAGGUUCAAUAAUGGCACCAGGGCUGUUUUAACCAUUUCACAUUCGUUUGAGCCUGGUGAAAGGAGAGGCAUAGCUAUAAGACAGGGACGUGAAAGAAAUUCAUUACAGAAUAUAAAUUAUUCAAGCGCUGGUCAGGACUUGGAAGAACCUCCUCCUUCCUACGAAGAGUGCAUGAAACAAUAUCGUCAACCACCUUGAUGGGUUUAUUGUGUACACUUUGAGAAAAUACCCUCUUUUUGUAUGCUAACAAACAUGAUUGGAACAAUGUAUUCUUCCUCGCUUAAUGCCAAUGGCAUUUGUUUUUCAUUUUUGUCAUGAUAUCCAAUUUCUCUAGAAGUUUUAGGUAGGAAUUAGAUCUUGAAUAAGAAGUUGGAUGUUUCCAUCUGCUCAGUUCUGAGCUAGAUACUGUGAGUUACUUUUCAUUCUGUUAACGUCACAACACGACAAUGUAAAAAAAAAGAUGUACAAAUUACCAGUGAUAUGUCAGUUUUAGGUGUGAUAUGCUAUGAUAUAUAACUUUAGAAAUAUCUACUUUCAGAUACAUGUUUGUGUAUUUUCUUUCGAAUGGGUUUUGAAACCGAUACAGUAAAUGUCGUUUUUUGGCGAUUACCCAGCUUAAAUGGUAGAGGAAGACCUCCGCAGCUCAUCCCAUAUGUCACAAUAUAAAUGUCACACAUUUGUGUGAUUUUAUAAAGUGUUUGUCAACAUAUUGUUGGUACAAAAAGAAAAUGUACCACUCGAUCACACAGUUUCAAUUUUUAAGACAUGACAUUUAUAUUGACGCUUUUGAAUACAUGUUCUUUCAACGUACAUAUUGAAAUAGUCAAACAAUGUGAUUCAUAUAACAAAAGGUUAAUCAAAUUCGUUUGAAUA